AUCAUGUCUAUAUUACCGUCCUUCGGCUUUACGCAGGAGCAAGUGGCGUGCGUGUGCGAGGUGCUGCAGCAGGGAGGCAACCUGGAGAGGCUCGGCCGCUUCCUGUGGUCCCUGCCCGCCUGCGACCACCUCCACAAGAACGAGAGCGUGCUCAAAGCCAAGGCGGUGGUGGCCUUCCACCGGGGCAACUUCAGGGAGCUCUACAAGAUCCUGGAGAGCCACCAGUUCUCCCCGCACAACCACCCCAAGCUGCAGCAGCUGUGGCUGAAGGCGCACUACGUGGAGGCGGAGAAGCUGCGCGGCCGGCCGCUCGGAGCCGUGGGCAAGUACCGGGUGCGCAGGAAAUUCCCGCUGCCCCGCACGAUAUGGGACGGCGAGGAGACGAGCUACUGCUUCAAGGAGAAGAGCCGGGGGGUGCUGAGGGAGUGGUACACGCACAACCCGUACCCGUCCCCGCGGGAGAAGCGGGAGCUGGCCGAGGCCACGGGGCUGACCACGACGCAGGUCAGCAACUGGUUCAAGAACAGACGGCAGCGGGACCGAGCCGCGGAGGCGAAGGAGAGAGAGAACAGCGAAAACAGCAACGCAGGCGGCAACAAACAGAACCAGCUGUCCCCGCUGGACGGAGGAAAGUCUCUCAUGUCCAGCUCGGAGGACGAGUUUUCUCCGCCACAGAGCCCCGACCAGAACUCAGCGCUUUUGCUCCAGGGUAACAUGAGCCACCCGGGGGCCUCUGCUUACCCCAUGUCCGGCCUGGGGGCCCCACAGCCGGUCCACGGCAUGCACGGACACCCGCACCAGCUGCAGGACUCCUUGUUGGGACCUCUAACCUCCAGCCUUGUGGAUUUGGGCUCUUAG